CCCGCUCCCGCCCCCAAUGGAACCGGCCUCUCCGGGCCCUGCGCCUUCUUUAAAGGCCGCCCCGUUGCGAGGAGGCGCGGGGCUGAGUGGGAACACCGGCCGCCGCCCCGGGGAUGGUUUAGGCUCCAGCUGCGCUCGCACCAGGAGGAUAGAAAGAGGCGCGAUCGGGACCGUGUGGAGAAUGAGGCAGAAAAAGACCUCCAGUGCCAGGCGCCUGCAAGAUUGGACCUGCCCCCUGAGAAGCCUCUCUCGAGCUCUGUAGCCAAACAGGAAGAAGUAGAACAGACGCCCCUUCAAGAAGCUUUGAAUCAACUGAUGAGACAGUUGCAGAGAAAAGACCCAAGUGCUUUCUUUUCAUUCCCUGUGACUGAUUUUAUUGCUCCUGGCUACUCCAUGAUCAUUAAACACCCAAUGGAUUUUAGUACCAUGAAAGAAAAGAUCAAGAACAAUGACUACCAGUCCAUAGAAGAACUGAAGGAUCACUUCAAGCUCAUGUGCACGAACGCUAUGAUUUAUAACAAACCAGAGACCAUUUAUUACAAAGCUGCCAAGAAGCUCUUACACUCGGGAAUGAAAAUCCUUAGCCAGGAGCGAAUCCAGAGCCUGAAGCAGAGCAUAGACUUCAUGGCUGACCUGCAGAAGAGUCGGAAGCAGAAGGACAGGGCAGACCCCGCGCAGGGCGGGGAGGACAGCGGCCGCUGGCCGGCGGAGAGGGAGGACGCGGGCGAGACCGAAGCACAAGCCUUCAAGAGUCCCCACAAGGAAAACAAGAAGAAAGACAAAGAUACGCUGGACGAUAAAGUGAAGAGCCACAACUUAGAGAGAGAGCAGGAGCAGAUCGACCGCAUCGUGCGGGAGUCCGGGGGCAAGCUGACGCGGCGGCUGGUGAACAGUCAGUGUGAAUUUGAAAGAAGAAAGCCAGACGGAACGACGACGCUGGGACUGCUGCACCCUGUGGACCCCAUCGUAGGAGAGCCCGGCUACUGCCCGGUGAGGCUGGGCAUGACCACUGGGCGGCUUCAGUCGGGAGUGAAUACUCUGCAGGGGUUCAAGGAGGAUAAAAGGAACAAAGUAGCUCCGGUGCUCUACCUGAACUACGGGCCUUACAGCUCGUACGCCCCCCACUAUGACUCCACGUUUGCCAACAUCAGCAAGGACGAUUCGGAUCUAAUCUACUCAACCUACGGGGAAGACGACUGUGACAUUCCCAGCGAUUUCAGCAUCCACGAGUUUUUGGCCACAUGCCAAGAUUACCCAUACGUCAUGGCAGAUAGUUUACUGGAUGUUCUGACUAAAGGAGGGCAUUCGAGAAGCCUGCAGGAGUCGGAGACGUCAUCACCUGAAGAUGAAGGCCAGAGCAGGACCCUCGACGCAGCCAAGGAAACAGAGCAGGCCUCAGAAGUGGAGCCAGCGGGGCGGGUGGGCUCCGGCAGCCAGGACAGGCUUGCGGCCCUGGAAGCGGUGGCAAACUUGGGCGCUCCCGUCGAAGUUUUUGACUCUGAAGAGGCCGAGGUGUUCCAGAGGAAGCUGGACGAGACCACCCGGCUGCUCCGGGAGCUGCAGGAAGCCCAGAACGAGCGCCUGAGCACCAGGCCCCCGCCCAACACCAUCUGCCUCCUGGGCCCCUCGUACAGAGAGUUGCACCUCGCUGAACAGGUGACCAAUAACCUUAAAGAACUUGCUCAGCAAGUAACUCCCGGCGACGUCGUCAGCACGUACGGGGUUCGGAAAGCGAUGGGCAUCUCCGUGCCCCGCCCUGGUGCGGGAAGCAGCCUGGUGGAUCUAACAGAAGAUUUUGAAGAAGCUAAAAAGACGGAUGUUGCUGAGUGUGGCCCUGAUGGGAGUCAAAGCUGACCGGUAUUUGAUUAUAUAUUAUGUACAUAUUUUUUGAUUCUUAAUUUGGAAAUGCUUUUCAGAAGAUAUUAAAUAUUUGUAAAUUGUGUUUUUAAUUAAACUUUGGAACAAUUAA